UUUUAGCCUACAACCAGCUGGGCACACUGCCCUUACCGGCGAAACGAUGUUCUUUUUAAAUAAAAAAAAACGACGCGACAUUAGAAAUUUUUUCAUUUAUUAUGUUGCUCUCUCCAUUCUAUCGUUAUGCCAUAAACAUGUUGAAAUUUUCCGUUUGCCCGUACACUAGCUGAGUAACGGAUAUCUGACAGUGGGAAAACUCGUCUGUCAAGUUUCAACUUUAAGCUUUAAGUAGAGGCCCUCAUAAAGCAAGUUGCUGACUAAAAUAUAUAUUUUAUUCCACAUAACGAUACAAAUUGGCUUUAGCAGAACUUUAGUUUUGUCUCUUUUGUGCAGAUCAUUUGAAUUAAUUUCACAUCAUUAGGCGAGCUAUUUAUGCAACAUUAACUUUUUAAUUAAAGUUAAUUAAGUGUGGCCUUAAAACUCACGUUCGAUUCGCAUUCAGUACCAGUUUAAUUAUACAUUUUAAGCGCAACAUGUAUAUGUAUAAUCUACUUUUAGUUCUAAUAGUUUUUACCUCCUGUACAACAUCCUUCAACUAUACAAGCUGCGAUCACGCAAAGCAGCCAAAGUUUCUGAGCUCAUGCUGCGAUGUUCAGAAAAACGACAAGGCCAUCAAAUCGUGCCGUAAGUCCUUGCUGAGCAAUAAUUCCACCAAUUUGAAUGGGGAAGUGAGCAAUCUAAAGUCGGAUAAAGUGGCUUUGCAUGUGUGCAUUGCGGAGUGUUCCUUCAGGAUCAAUGGCUUUUUGCUGAGCAAUGGAAGUGUUAAUACCCAGGCAAUACAGAAGAGUUACCAGCAACGCUACAAAAACGAUUCGAACAUGUCUCAACUGGUGGUAAGGAGCCUCAAUAGUUGCACGGACUAUGCUAGGAACCGGGUUCAGCAGUUCCAAUGGAUGCCCAAAAAGGGCGACUGCGACUAUUAUCCUGCUACCUUGCUGGCCUGCAUCAUGGAACAGGUGUACAUCAACUGCCCGAUAAGCAAAUGGAAAAACACCAGCAAUUGCACAGCGAUGCGGAAAUAUUUGGUUGCCUGUGAUGAUGUGGAUAGAAAGAAAUAACCAUUGAAUAUAAUAAUAUCCGAAUGGAGCAUCCAAAUGAAAUAGUGGUUC